AUGCUCUCGACGCUACAACCCUCUGAUCAACCCGGCGCAUUCCAAGCCGGUCCUGGUGGACGAGUAAGUCGACCCGAUAAGGCCUCGUCGAUCAUGAAGUCAUUGCUCUUCAAGUCUCCAAGUUUCCAGAAACUCCAUACUGUGACUUUUUCAGUCCAUAUGACCAUGGAUGGUGCUCCUGGUAUCUUGGGGAUGUAUACUAGGGUGUGUUUUGGUCUGACCUUUGAUUUUAGACACCUCGAAGAACAGCGACACAUUCUUCUCUCGACCCCCAUUUUUGGCGAGCUCCUCUUCGAAAACAGCACGUCCGAUGCUCGCGAUCACUGUGCCAAUGAGCGCACCUUUCUCUCUUGGCUCCGUCUGUCUAUGUACCUCGCUAUUGUAUCCCUGGCUAUUAUCAUCUCCUUCCACUUCCGCGAGCAACCCACCGUUCUUGAGCGGCGUAUGGCUUUGCCCCUUGGCAUUAUCUUCUGGGUCCUCAGUCUGAUGUGUUUGGUUAAUGGGUUCGCUAACUAUGCCCGGACCGUCAUGAAGUAUAGUCGCAAGGCGGCGCUGGUGCAAAGUGGCUGGAAAACGCAGGUUGUUUUCACCGUGGUGGGGACUGUGAUCUUGGGGAGUUGUAUUUUGUUUCUGUCGACUGACCCGCAAUAA